AUGCUGUCCAAAAAGUCGUCGCUGUUGUUUUCAUCCUACACUAACUGGUCGCCGCUCUACUACAGCCACACGUCGUCGUCGCCGCCCCAGAAGUCAUGCCGUCAUGCAUCCUCGCCCGCGCAACAACGCCAGACGCGCAGCUAUGCCUCGCACAGGGACGGCCAUGGGCCUGACCUGCUGAACUGGCCUGCUCCCGUGCACCCGCACAAGACGCCCACGCCCUACCAGAUCCUGCGCUGCAGCAAGGGCGACAGCUACACCAAGAACCACUUCUACGCCCUCGUCAAGCUCUACCACCCGGAUCGCUGCCACCCCACGUCGCCUGCCGCCCAGCUGCCGCUCCAUGUGCGCCUCGAGCGAUACCGCAUGCUGGUCGCUGCCCACGACAUCCUGUCCGAUGUCGAGAAGCGCAAAGCCUACGACGCCUGGGGCCACGGCUGGGUCGGUCACCACAACACGCCCACCCCGCACAACCCCUACGACUGGGACUUUGACCGCCGCCGCUGGGCCACCGACCCGCGCAACAACGCCACCUGGGAAGACUGGGAGAGGUGGCACCAGGAAAACGACGGCACCAGAGACUCCUCUCCCCGCACCAUCCAGAUGUCCAAUGUCGCUUUCAUGAGCUUCCUCUUCGCUCUGGUCAGCGUGGGCGGUGUCAUGCAGGGCACGCGCUUCAACGCCUUCAACAGCUCGGUGAUUGAGCGGAGGGACGCCGUCCACAAGGAUGCAGUCAUGCAGUUGCGUAGGAGCAAGCAUGCUACUAUGAACGGGGACCGCGAUGAGCGAGUACGCACCUUCCUGGAGCAUAGGGAAGCGCAGCUUGCGGGUGACGACUCCUAUCAUAGAUUGCUCCCUCCAGCAGAUACUUGCGCGGUUGUAGAAGUGAGGAGGCAGUGA